AAACCACUGGGGCUCUCCGAUGCGACCCAAAACUGUCAUUGGCGUCACCUUUUUUCGGUGCUGCUGGUUCACGUUCGUUUGCGGUGCAGUGAAAAUUGUGAAUUUUACCGUGAAAUUCCAUCGGCCGUGAUUUUACAACACCCGAUAUUAGUGCAUUGGCCUCUCCUGCAACAGGAAAACAUAUUUUCUCCGAGAUGAGUAAGACGGAUUUGCCGGCGGUCGAGGAUCUGAACGGACUGGUAUCCGGUGACAACGGAAACCCCCCGGUCGGUCAACCGAAUCUUAAGCGCCCCGUUCGGGUGGCGAAGAAAUCGGUGAGCAAGCAGGAUGCUUUGCCAAUCGAGGAAGCCCUCAAGACCGAGCUGACGGGUACGAACAACAUGAAGACACCGAUCUCGGUGCUGCAGGAGCUGCUGAGUCGCCGCGGAAUCACUCCGCAGUAUGACUUGAUCCAGGUCGAGGGAGCUGUCCACGAGCCAACUUUCCGCUAUCGGGUCUCGUACCAGGACAAGGAUGCCAUGGGUACGGGCAAAUCGAAAAAGGAGGCGAAGCACGCCGCUGCCAAGGCCCUGAUCGAUAAGCUGGCAGGCAAUGCCUUCGGCGAUACCCAAACCGGUGGGUUGAACAUCAAGGCCGAAGCCGGACUCGACGGCGAUGACGAACCGACCGGAAAUCCCAUCGGCUGGCUGCAGGAGAUGUGCAUGGCUCGCCGCUGGCCGCCACCAACCUACGAGACCGAGAUGGAAGUUGGACUGCCACACGAGCGCCAGUUUACCAUUGCCUGUGCGGUGCUCAAGUACCGUGAGGUGGGCAAGGGCAAGAGCAAGAAGAUUGCCAAACGCCAGGCUGCCCAGCGGAUGUGGCAACGGCUGCAGGAUCAACCGCUGGAACCGAACCAGAUCAUCCAGAUGUUGGACGAGGAGGGCAAUGAAGAGCUGAAGGCGGCCAGCAUUACCGGGCGGUACGCUGGAUUGAAGGAUGCCCGUAUUCCCAGCCUCACUACCGGUCACGGCCAAAAAGUGUCCCAGUUCCACAAGGCCCUGAAGGCACGCAGCGGCGAAACUCUGCGCCAACUGCAGGUCACAUGCUUGAAUGACAAAUCGAUCGACUUUGUGCAGAUGCUGCACGAGAUCGCAACCGAGCAACGGUUUGAGGUGACCUACGUUGACAUUGACGAGAAAACGUUGUCCGGUCGCUUCCAGUGUUUGGUGCAGCUGUCUACGCUGCCUGUGGCCGUAUGCCACGGUAGCGGAAGCACGGCCAAGGAGGCGCAAACUGCAGCAGCUCGCAACUCGCUGGAAUAUCUGAAGAUCAUGACCAAGACCUAAGGGGUGUAACGAGGCAUCAUGAGAACGGGGCUCGGUCGAUAAAAUCAUAUUCUCGCGUAGAAGAAUAGCAAAGGCGAAAAAGAAAGAAAAUCGUGUUGACGCCAAAUUUUCCAAAUACACCAUUGUAAAAGUUCAAUUAGCCAAUACCUGGCGCAACAAACGACGAGAAAUGAACUAUUUGUGUAUCGACCAAAGACGAGCCGAGAACAAUUUGUCUGGAGCGCACCUAGCGGGAUCAAGUAAAUAAUUGUGGAACACCAUCUCCCGCCAACAACAUGAUUGACCGCGCUCCGAUGGGACGCCAGAGGGCGUCAAUAAUUCUUGAAACAAACACAUUUUUACUCUAGGUAUUUGUCAACGUUUAUCUAUGUUUUAUUAUUUUGAUGUUUUUUUUGCCGUAAUGUUUCUUCUCUUUGGAGAAUACUGACAAAGGUGUUUUACCUUUUACGGUGAAGAUUGUAUUUCUACAUUAUUUUUGUUUGUUUGGACUUUGUAAAUUUUUUUAUUAGGCAUAAGGUUCUUACGAUUUUUUUUUUCCUCUGAUGUAUUGUGUACUCAAAAAUUUUUAUCGAAUCAGAUUAACUAAAUACAUAAAUAACUAGUAUCAUUAUCAAGCAUUUAAUCGAUGAAAAAAUAUGUAAAACUACUCUUAGCUACACUGAAAAAGCAAAACGUAUAGCAGAUAACGCAUACUUGAAACAUGAGUUAUUCUACCAGCGUUUUAAAUGCAUACGUUACACCAUUUCUCAAUUGCUAUAGUGCAACGAAAAUCAAUUUUCUCCAAUUGAAUGAAAUGAAAUCUGAUCGAAACCACACACACUGAAAUGGUUGUCCCUUAUGAAAUAAAUAAAAAAAAGAUCAACAACUCAAGCGAACCAUUCGAGUUAUUUAUGUGUAUAGUGUAAUACGAACUUGGCAAAACAAUAAAGGUAUCAUAAUCGCUAAAUCUUGGAUCAAACAAAGAAAAAUGAUUGGAAUACAACGCAGUUGUUACGCAAAUAACAAACAACCCGAAGUUGAACGGAACCUUUCUUUCGAAUUACAAAUAUUGGAAGCAAAAAUGUGUGCGUAUUGAAGCCAACCAGAUGCACCAGAUGUCGCGCCCUCCGUUUUGGCAAUUAGCCAAACAGACAAGCGGAGAGUACAUCUUGCAUUAAAAACCAUAAUACAAGCUAUACUUUGCAUAGAAUUAGUGGGUUUUAUUUUCCAAGAAAAUAUACAACACAUCCAAUGUCAAGUUACUCUAUAAUAGCAUAUAGAAUACAGUUUUGUCUAGGUUUUCAGCUUUUUUUUUACCGCGAUUGAAAACUAUGGAUUACAACCUUGAUUAAUCGAUCAUUACAAUUUUCCGUUUUCAUCUAUACAUGUAACGAUAUGAAAAAUAAACGUUGCUUUGUAAUAAUUAUUGGAAAAUUGCAUCGUAAAUGUAUUUGCUGUCAUUGAGAGUAUUGAAGUAUCAAGUCAAAGAAAAUAAGGUAAAAGCACACAUUACUUGAAUCUAACGCCACGUAAAUGAAAGCAAAAAGAUAUAUGAAUACAAUUAGUGGGAUUUUUUCGAGCAUCUAACUAUUAU